UUGGGGCCAGUGGAGCGGGGCCGGACGGGUUGGAGGAACGGACUGACGCCACUUCCGGUGCUGCGGAGCUGGCGCACGUGCUGUCCUUGCCCGGUCUUAUUUACCCCGUUGGUGGGCUCGCCAUGCCAAAAGCACCAAAGGGCAAAGGUGGAGGGCAAGAGAAAAAAGUCAUCCAUCCUUAUAGCAGAAAGGCUGCUCAGCUUACAAGGAAGGCCCACAAACAGGAGAAAAAAGAAAAGUUGAAAAAUGAGAAAGCUUUGCGUCUGAGUACUGUAGGAGAAAAAUUGCAGUGGUUUCAAAGUCACCUUGACCCUAGCAAAGCAGACUACACAAAGAAAGAAGCCUGUGAACUAAUUGAAAAUUACUUAAAUCGAUUCAGUGAUGAACUGGAGCAGAUCGAGUUGCAUAACAGUAUCAAAGGCAGACAAGGGAGACAGCAUGGUUCCCGGGAGAUGAUCAUCAAACAGACCAUGGAACGUGAAAGACAACUGUAUGAAGGAUAUGGGAUAGAAAUCCCUGACUUUGUGAACAGCAAGCAUCUUAAAAUUUUCAGAGAAUGGAAUGGUGAUCUGAAGAAACUGCCAAACAUUAAAAUGAAAAAGUUGUCUGCCAAAGAUGCCAUGUGCAAUAGGACUGACGAGGCAGAUGUGGAACCCAAAGAGGAACUAGAUGAAGCAACAGACCUUGGCUAAUGAUCACUCACUGAUUCUGGAGAUGAAACAUCUGAAGGAGAGACUGUCAGGACCUUUCUGUAAAUGUCACUAGAAGCAAGAAUAAAGCUAGGAUUUUACUUGAGAAGAUCUGUCUAGCUGAAUUAUUAGUUAAUUGUUAUGUUCCACCCUGACUUAAGAUUUCAGGAGGCAGCGUGUUGCCAGAUUCUGGUGCUUCUGGUGCUUACCUGAAACAAAAAGCAACAAACAAAAAAUAAAACCCUAGGUUUUAAUCAUCCUACCAGCUCUUCAGCUUGGGAGCCCAUUCCUGGUUGUGAGUGGGCGAAAGAAUAGUCCUCUGUCACCUGUUUUGGCAGCUGUGAAAAAAAGGCCCUAGGUAGUCCUUGGAUGAUAUAACACCAUGAGAGCCUGGGCUAUUUAACUUUAUGCAAUAGUAAAAUGAUAUUACACAGUGGACAACAGUUGCUGGCAACUUUAUCCAUCUUCAGUUGCACCAUGCUGGUUUGGAUGAUCAUUGUUUUCAGAUGUGUACAGUUUUGUUAAAGUUUAAUGAUGGUCUCAUGAUCAUUGACAAAAGAAAAUACAGCCACAUUCUUUUUGUGUGUGUAAGAGACUUUCUUGAUUUGGUGAAAAUGUGGCAUUAUGAGCGUUCAUCUGAUUGAUAUACCAUGUUUACAUGCAUACCCCACACCUUUCCUCCCAAAACGAGCCCUCCAAAAGCAGGGUGUUUGGCUUAAGCAGGACUGCUGAUUUUUCUUUACUGGAUGCAUGCAGAUGCUGUGCUUUAAUGGCUGAUUCCUUUCUGACCCAAUGAGCAGAAAGGGCAGAGUUCAUUGUUAAAACCUCUCUGAGCUUCUAUGGAAUUUGCUGUAGCUAAUGACUGAGCAUUAUAGCUUGUGCCUGAAGCAGCAGUUAAGCUGCUUUAGGGUGAGCUGCUGCACACAGUUUGUAGUCGUUUGAUGAGGCUUGCAGUCUGCAAACAAUACUUUAUUUACAUGGCCUUACAUUCCUGUUUGUGCUGUUUGCUGCAGAUACUAAUGUGCCUUAGUCACGAUCAUCUGGCCCCCUAGGCUUGGGACAGAACCCUGUUUUUGACCAAGAUAAACUGCUGCACCAAUUUAAUCCUGGCAGAGCAAUUUAACUUGCAUUAAUAAACUUCCUGGUGAAGUUAAAUUAAUACAGCAGUGCUGAAACCAAAAGAAGUGUAUUCAGAUAUCAGUUUAUGUGGAUUUGAUAAAUCCCUUUUAAACUAAUUUAACUUAAAACCAGUGAAGUUUCUUUGUUUUUAAAACUUUUGUUGUACUUUCAAGGACAGGAGUAGAAUUUCCACAAGAAAGUCAUUCUAUAUUUUUCCCAGUGGGGUGAAUAAAAGCAGUAAGACUUAUUCUUCCCAGAAGGCCAUGUGAAAAGCAGAUAUAUUUAUCUGUUAACAUGCCAAAGGUGGACUCUCUUGUUCACCCUUGUAGACAUUUACAAAUAACAAUUUAUUUUCAUAUCAAGUUUCUCAUUUGUUAGUGAAGGUUUCCUGAAACCACCAUUUCUUUUGCUAGCAUUUAGACUUCAUGUUCUUCCUUAGGUUACUGCGUGGGUAGAUGAAAGGAAAGUUCUCCAGAUAAUGAGGGAAGCAUUUUAAUGCUCACACACAAAAAAUACUAUGAAACAGCAGUAUAUCUGCUAAGCUAUCUGUCCCUGUGUGUAUCCAAUUCAUACUGACCAAUACAAAUUUGUAUUUGUUCAAGUAAAAGAAAGAGAUUUUAUUUGAGUUUGCACAUCAGUUUAUCAGGUAAAUUUUCACUUCAAAGCUGAAGGAUGAUGAUGGAAGAGGGGGCAGACAGGAAACAUUUCAGCUUGAUUUUAAAAUUCCAAGGUUGAGAUUUCUGGGAGGGGUAUUCCUUGGAUUUGAGAUUGGGAUCUUUUGAGAGAGAAGAAAUGAAUAUGGAAUCCAAUAAUGUCAUUGUUACAGUUAUCUUUCUAACAAGUUCUGCAUCUUGAAACCUGGAGGAAGAGGAAUGCCCUGAGGAGGCUCUAAUGUCCUGGCAAAAUUACACUGCAUUUUAAAAAGAAAUCUGCACAAUAGUUGCCAUUAACAAUUCAAUCUUGCCUUUUUCUGAUAUUACCACAGGAGUUCUAUGCUCAGUAUCAGGAAUAUCAUGAACUUGUUGCUUGUUUAGCAUCAGCGAUUGCAGUCAUUGUAAAGUUAGCCAUUGUAUACUGCAGCUUUGCAUUUGUAAUUGUUGGUAUCUGAGAAUAAUAGAUGUGUUCUUUCACUCUAAACUGUCUGUUUUACCCCUACACGUCUUUGAUUUUGAUUAUGUUUCUUAAGUACUUGUUUUUAAUGCUAAGUAACCAUUCAGUUGUGAAUUUUACAAACUGUUUUAACUAGGGUGACUCAAAAAAAGUUAGUGUGCAAAAUAUCACACAACGUGUAACGCUUGAAAAUAGUGUAUCAUGCUAAAUAACAUAUAAAAAAUCAUCUUUCUUUCCUUUGUAUACUAGGAAUGAUAUCUGCAUAUUUUACUACUAACUGAGGUGCAUUUUACUUUGGCUGGUCUUGAAGAACUGACAUGGUUCUAUGAAAACUUAGUGAGAGUUAGAAAAAUCAGGCUUUUUUUUUAAUUCAAAUAAUUUGGAUUCAUAAUUGUAUAAUCUCUCUUCAUGUAAGACAAAACAGAUGUAAGAUGGCAGUUGAGAGAAUCAAUCAUCACAAGGGAAGUUUGUAUAUCAGUUACAAUGGAACUUAUCCUUUGUUAUAUCUCUAUAAAGGCAGGAACAAAGCAAAAAUGUCAGAGCUAGUACGACAUUGUCUAUGAAUGAUACACUGGCUUGGCCCUUGCUUUCUCAUGGUCUUCUAAAGACAAAGUCAUAAAGAAAGGAGAGAGGAACCCUCACAUGGAAGAACAAACAGGUAUUAAGAGGCGUCUUCAUGGUUCACUAGUAUCUUAACUCUUAAGAGCUGUAGCUUCAGUCCUGAUCAGUGAAGUUGGACCACUGAUAACUUGGGGACAACAAAGACACCUGUUCCUCAUCCUGGCUAUGAGUGUCUAAUCAUUUCCUUUCUUGGUGUUCUACACAAAGAGGAAAUUAAACAUCACAUCAACUACUUGAGAGAAAAAAGAAUAAAAAAGUAUUCAGGAGAGUGGCAUCUGAGGCUUUUGAGGUAGGGAGCUGGGUGAUGUGAACUCUUACUGCAGGUUAUACAGACACAGGACUUACUGUUUCCUCUUUCUAAUUACCAAAAGUAUGACUAAGGCAAAACUAUUUGGGCAAGCUGAGAUCUUUUAUUGGACCAACUGCAUGGUUGGGAGAUAUUUUAGACAAGCUUUUGAACACAGUGUUCUUUCUCAAGUCCGUUUUUGCUUGAAAGCUUGUCUAAAUCUCUUCCAACCAUGCAGUUGGUUCAAUAAAAGUUAUCACUAACUCCCCCACCCCCCAAUAUCCUUGUCUCUUGCACAUUUCUUGAACUAUCAUGACUACAUGUCUCCAGCACUACCACAAAACUAUAACUUUAUCUUUUGCCGUUCACAAUCUUCUUCAAAAUCAAAAAUUGAAAGGUAGAUAUUACCCAGGGAGUUGCUGGUUAUUCAGUUAUGCCUCUCCUACAAGGAAAAUAUGUUACAGGGACCAAAUUUUAUACUCAAACCCAGAAAAAUUAAGUGUAAUCAUAAGAAUAUGAAAGAUACCCUAUGUGUUCAUGAGCAUCUUUUAACUUUGAGAAAGUGUUCUGCAGUGUGAUUAUUUUCAAGUGCCUUUUUCUAUGUCUGAUUUAAUAGAGUGUUGUUGCCCUACACAGAUGCAAUGAAAAGUCAAAGCAAAUCUGUAGAGUGCUUCCAGUUAAACCUUAAGAUGAGCCUAAAUCUCAGACCUUAGAAUCCAUGCUGUAGUUUGUCCUGUCCAGCUCACAGCAGCGGGCACAGUAUCAUCCUCUUAUUCACGUGGAAGAGGAUUUCUUAGCUGGAUCUUCUGUACUUUGCAAAGCCACACUCAUGAGAACUCCCUCCUAGAAAAUACAUUUUGAUUAAACCAGGCUCAGCAUCUUCAUUAUCUCCUGUCAAGGACUUGUCGAUUUUUUUUUUUUUCUUCUGAAAACUGCCAUCUCAGUUACAAUCACUUCAGUCUAAUCAGGGCAUAGCAGUACUUCACCUCUCAUUAGGGCAAAAUCGUGUUAUGAGUUUGCACAGCCUUUGUUCCCAAAAUAAACCUGUUUCAAGAAAUUGUUUUGCUCUCCAACUUUUCCACCUCCAUUCAUAAUAACUGUACAAAAAUAUAUCACACACAACCGUCACAUACUCAUGAUGUUGGGAGAGAGUUACAAAUCAAUU